CGACAAAGCCCGAGCGAGAAUAUACUUCCCGAAUAGUUCCCUCCCCUCCACCUGCGGUUGCUUUAUAUGCAUGUAAGGGUUCCUCUCUCUCUCUCUCUCUCUCUCUCUCUCCCCCUUGCCCCUCCACGGCUCCUCUCCUCCCCCUCUUCCCUCUCUCUCUCUCUCUCUCUCUCUCUCUCUCUCUCUCUCUCUCAGAGCCUAGGGUUUGAUCGAGAAGCACAAAAGCCGCUUCUCGCAGAAGCGGAAGCAGAAGCGGCAUCGUCCGCUUCGGCCGCGGGGGAAGGGGUGCAGAGGAGGUGGAGAUGGCGGGGGAGGGAGGGUUGGGGCGGGAGGGGGACUGGGACUGUGGGGGGUGCGGCAACCGCAACUACGCCUUCCGCUCCCUCUGCAACCGCUGCAAGCAGCCGCGCCUUCUCGUCGACGCCCACACCCCCCGCGACUCCAAGUGGCUACCCCGCAUCGGCGACUGGAUCUGCGCCGGUUGCAGUAACAACAAUUAUGCGUCCAGAAAGGAGUGCAAAAAGUGUGGCCAGCCAAAGGAGGAGUCGGCUCUCCCAGCAAUUGCAAUGCAUGGAUUAUCUCUGCCAGCAAAUUAUGCACAUUAUUUUGCCAGAUCAGCACAGGAAUUAGCAGGGUUGAAGAUGAAUUACUUGGCUCUACAGCAGUCACUUCUACAACAAAACCCUAAUUGGUUGUAUGGCGGGUUUAGUAGAUAUGGGCUUCAAUCUACUCCUGAUUGGACAUUCAGUGGAAGUAGCAGUAGUGCGGGGUUUUCCUCUUCUGGUAACAGAAAUCAACUUCCUACGGUUCUGAACGGCUGGCGUGACGGUGAUUGGAUAUGCAAAUGCGGUUUCCAUAACUAUUCAUCGCGCACUGAGUGUAAAGAAUGCAAUGCGCCUAUACCAUCUGCUGCACCCUCUACGACAAUGAAUACAAUGGCUUCAGAUAUUUUUCCAACAUUGGGUACGAAAAGAUUGGCGCCUGAAGAGUUCAUCAAUGAUUGGGAUAAUAAAAGGCUAAAUGCAGGGCAUGCAAAUCGCCAGUUUUCGGAUUUCAAGAAUUCAGCCGGAUCCAACAGUGAUCAGACACCGGGGAUUUAUCCCAAGGCUAAUGAAAACUCAGCAACAGUGCCAUCUAUACAAGUAAACCAACAGUCUCGACAAGUUGCAACAUUGCCUGCACUCAUAGGAAAAGGUGCGAAACAAUGGCGUGAUGGGGACUGGAUGUGCAGUAAUUGCAACAAUCACAAUUUUGCAUCGCGAACAUAUUGCAAUAGGUGUAAAACUCAGAAAGACGCAGCUGCUCACACUGGUAGUGUGCCAUAGCUUGUAUGUGCUGCUGAAUUGAGAGUUUUGGUUUGUGAGGUUUUCCUACUUGAUAUUGCUUUUCCUCUUCCUUUUUUUUGGGGGUCUUACAUUCGUGGUGAGUAUUAUAUUGGGAGUUAAAUCGGAAUUCUCCUGCUGCUGAAAAUUAUCAAACUACCAUUCUCGCAUUAUUGAGGUUUUCCUGAAUUAGUAAAGUUAAUAAAAAAGAAUUAAUUAGUGUGUUAAGUCACCAGUUGGUUUUCUGUAUUCUGUACUUAUAGCUGCUGUAUAGGAUGCUCUAGUACUAGGAACGCCAAGACCAAGAAUUGUUACUGAACCUGUACAAACUGAGUUUUGGGAGUUUGUGAUGAAAACUUUUCUUCCAUGUACUUGAUUAGCAUGUGGAUUAUGAAUACUUGAAUGUGAUUCUUAUGUAGA